AUGGAGAGAGAAGCGGAUGAAUUCCAUUUCCUCGACGCCUUCGGAAUUGUGGGAGAGGCGACGAAAAUCGUGCGUCGUGAGGUGAAACUCCUGGGAGUCAUCGCCCUAACCCUACUGCUUCCUCUGUCCUUUGUAAUCCAUGGCCAUAGUUUAUUCGCACACCCUGCCGCAGAAAGUAUCCACCACACUUUGCACAUAGAGAUUGAGGAGUUUGUACUGCUGACAACGGUGUACGCAACCCUAGUUUUUGCCUUCUCAUUGCUGUCCAGAUCGGCAGUGGUGUACACGGUGGCAUCAAUCUACUCAGGCAAAGAAUUGAAUUACACAAUUGUUAUGAGAAUCGUCCCCAGAGUAUGGAAGCGCCUCAUCAUCACUUUUCUCUGGUUUUUCCUCAUUAUGUUUCUAUUCUAUGUGGUCACCGUGGGCGCCCUGCUUUUCUGGUUGUUGAUAUAUGGAGUGGUUGGACUGAAGAAGGGGACCCUUUUCGUUGGGGUCCUUGGUAUUGUCAUCGUGGCUUUAGUUUUGCACGUUUACAUCGUCAUGGUGUGGGAGCUUGCCAGCGUGGUGUCUGUGGUGGAGGAUAGACAGGGAUUGGAUGCUAUGAAGAAGAGCAAACAACUUAUGAAAGGCAAGAGGGACACGGCGUUGACACUGUAUGUUUUGUACGCGCUGGUUAUGGGCGUUAUUGGUGGCGUUCAAAGCUAUUCAGUGUAUGGAAAGGGGGAGCAGGUGAUGAGUGUGGGAAUUAUUGUGGCGGUGGUUGUGUUGCAGUGUGUUGCUGAUUUAGUAUGGCUGCUAACUCACGUCGUCCUUUAUUUUGUAUGCAAAUCCUCUCACCACGAGGAGAUAGAUAAGUUGGCUUUGUCCAAACAUUUGGAGAUGUAUAAUGGAGGCUAUGUGCUUCUCAAUGGUGGCCCUAUGCAGUUUGAGAUGUCUGGCCCAUAG